AUGGCCAAGAGGAGCAAUCUGAGUGUCAAUGCCCUGAAGGAAGGUUUGAAAGGUUUCAGUGGCUCCAGUAUAAAGUAUCUCGACAUUUCGAAUAUCAUUGCAAGUGAAAAGCCUAACACUCUACCAGAAGACGUUCUCCGAAGUCUCCUAAAAACAAAUAUAACCAGUCUAAGGAUGAGAAGUUGGAAUAAUUCCAAACACAAGGCCAGUUUACCGAAUUUGUACUAUCUCAAAUUAUCAUUUAAUUUGAUGGAUAGAAUUAAAUCGAAUUCAUUUUCAACCAUCAAAAAAUUAGGAAUUUUACUCAUUGGAAACAUGUUGACGUACGAUUUGGCUAUAGAAGAGGAUGCACUCCAUUCCGAAACACUAGACAUGUUAUUCCUUGGAAGUUACAAAAGAGUGUCAACUCAUACUUUCAAUCCAAAAACACUCUUUGAAAAAUGCACACAGUUAACAAAACUGGAAAUGUCAAAAUUUGAUUUCUCCGAAGUUUCCAUUGAAAAUUUCCAUGCAAUGAUAUCACCUUUGAAAAACCUUAAAAAGCUUAUUUUAAGUCACAAUAAUUUGAAUAAUGUACCUGAUACCUCCAAUUUUCCUAAUCUUACCUUCCUGGAUUUAGAGGGGAAUGCUAUUCGGCAUGUGCACAAAGAUUCUUUUCAAAACAACUCACAGCUUAAGAGCAUUAGUUUUAAAAGAAAUCAACUCACAACAAUUCGACAGGAUACUUUUACAGAAGAAAUAUGGAAGAAUCCAAAAUUAUCCAUAGAUAUAUCGAAUAAUCCAUUUGCCUGUGACUGUGACCUUGAAUGGUUUAUCAACUGGGCAUACAAAAGAGGUAUAAUAGCGAAAAACAGCGAAUAUCAAUGUGAUUCCCCCAAAAAAUGGAAGGCAACUCGACUUGAUAUCCACAUUGAAAGUCUGAAGACUAGCUGCCAUCCAGUGAACAGGGUGUUCAUCACAGUUUUAACAGUUUUUUCCUUCAUGUUUAUAUUUCUUUUUGGUUUAAUUCUUGCAUGGAAGUUAAGAUGGGACAUUAAGUAUUAUUUACAUACAUGUAAAUGGAAGGAAGAAAGUCGAAGAAGAUAUCAAAAAAUUAUUGAUAAGGAGCUUAAAGAAUACGAUGGAUUUGUGGCAUACAACACACAUGACCGGAAAUGGAUUAUGUCAGAACUUGUCGACGCAAUGGAGAAGGAAGAAAACUACAAACUUUGUCUCCAUGAGAGAAACUUUUUACCGAGCUGUGCUCAUGUUGAUAACAUACUAGAAAAUAUUGAAGCCAGUAGAAAAUUCAUUUUAGUCCUUUGUAACAACUUUAUGAGUGACCAGUGGUGUAAUUACGAAACUAUCAUUGCCAAUCACAAGUUAGCAAAUGGAAAUGGGGACAUAAUUUUUCUGAUUUUGCUAGAAAAAAUUAACUCCAAACAUUUUACAACCGCGCUGAAAACUUUAUCAAAAGCUGUAGAGAAUGCAGAAUGGACUUUGAAUGAGAACGGGAAGAAAUUGUUUUGGAACAAACUUAAAGAUUUAUGGAAUAAGUUAACGGAUAAUGUCAAAAAUAUGAGGGACAGUUCCAGAAAAAUGAAUAAAUUUGCUCAGUAA